AGAGUCCGGCCGCGGCGUCUCGCCACGGGCUGGGGAGGGAGGGCACAGGGCAACGCCUGGGGCUCGAGUCUGUCUGGCCCCUGCCAGCGAGAAUCCCUACGUCCCGUCUUUGCUCAACCUGCAGUGUCCCCGCAGUGUCCAAACUUGUGCCCCUUCCCUCGCCACUGUCCUCCCUCCAGGUGUCCCACCCAGCGCACGGACUGUGCGCGCCUAGGACGGGUGCCGCGGACACCCAGCUCGCCCCUGCCACCCUUUUCCGAGCAGCUCGGGGGCUCCGGCGGCGUGGAGCACACAGCCCUAUGCUGCGCUCCCCCGCCAAGUGUCCCUCAGCUCCGGGCUAUCCAUUAACCCGGCUGGGCCACAGAGGCGCAGACAUUCCGACCCGGGAAAACUUGUUUUAUUCGCGGUCCCCGAGGGUUGCAGCUGCUAGGGGCUGAGCUGCCGCGUCCGCUUUGUCUCUCUCCGCUCUCCGCAGCCCCCUCCCCCGCUUCCUCUCUCGAUUACCUCCCCCGACACGCUCUUCUCCAGCUCUCUCCUCCUCCUCCUCCUUCACGCCUCCCCCCGCCUCCCCCGGUGUCACUCUGCAUACGCGCCCUCUCUCUCCCCUCCCCUCCCCGCCGCGUUGCUUAUAGCCGGGCGCGCCGCGGCGGGCGCAGACUGCUCGGGCAGCCGGAGAGGAGGCGGCGCGGCGGUGGCGCUGCGGAGACCCAGUCGAGACGCCUGGCGGCCGCCGCGCACGGCGCUUCCUAGCUCCCUCCCCCGAGCGCACAGCCCGCCUCCUUCCGCGGCGCCGCAGCCGCAGGCUCGCUCCCCUCCCGAGACUCGCUCGGGAUUCGCUCCGCGGGUCGCGGGCACAGGGUCCGCGGCGAACCGCCAGCCGUAGCCGGCCCGCGAGCAGCGCCCCCGGCGCGGUCCUCUCCCCAGCUGGCGCCGCACGCGCGCUCCCUUCGCCCGGGCAGUCGCCGCCGCUCCCCGGGGCUCAGACAUCCGCUUCGUCGCCUCCCUUCCCGGUGACCGAGGCAAGAACCCAGCUGGUUGUGCGCCGCGGCCGGUCGCCUGUGCUGAGUGGAAACAAAAUGUCAGUCAGCGUGCACGAGAACCGCAAGUCCAGAGCCAGCAGCGGCUCCAUUAACAUCUACCUGUUUCACAAGUCCUCCUAUGCUGACAGCGUCCUCACUCACCUGAACCUUCUGCGCCAGCAGCGCCUCUUCACCGACGUCCUUCUGCACGCCGGAAAUAGGACCUUCCCUUGUCACCGGGCGGUGCUGGCUGCCUGCAGCCGCUACUUCGAAGCCAUGUUCAGUGGGGGCCUGAAAGAGAGCCAGGACAGCGAAGUCAACUUCGACAACUCCAUCCACCCGGAAGUCUUGGAGCUGCUUCUUGACUACGCGUACUCCUCCCGGGUCAUCAUCAAUGAAGAAAACGCGGAGUCGCUCCUGGAAGCUGGCGACAUGCUGGAGUUUCAAGACAUCCGGGAUGCCUGUGCAGAGUUCCUGGAAAAGAACCUGCACCCCACCAACUGCCUGGGCAUGCUGCUCCUCUCCGACGCGCACCAGUGCACCAAGCUGUACGAACUCUCCUGGAGGAUGUGUCUCAGCAAUUUCCAGACCAUCAGGAAGAAUGAAGAUUUCCUCCAGCUGCCCCAGGACAUGGUCGUGCAGCUCCUGUCCAGUGAAGAGCUGGAGACAGAAGACGAAAGGCUCGUGUACGAGUCUGCGAUCAACUGGAUCAGCUACGACCUGAAGAAACGCUACUGCCACCUCCCCGAGCUGCUGCAGACAGUGAGGCUGGCUCUCCUGCCAGCCAUCUAUCUCAUGGAGAACGUGGCCAUGGAGGAACUCAUCACCAAGCAGAGAAAGAGCAAGGAGAUUGUGGAAGAGGCCAUCAGGUGCAAACUGAAAAUCCUGCAGAACGACGGCGUGGUAACCAGCCUCUGCGCCCGGCCUCGGAAAACCGGCCACGCCCUCUUCCUCUUGGGAGGACAGACUUUCAUGUGUGACAAGUUGUAUCUGGUAGACCAGAAGGCCAAAGAGAUCAUUCCCAAGGCCGACAUCCCCAGCCCAAGAAAAGAGUUCAGCGCGUGUGCGAUUGGCUGCAAAGUGUACAUUACUGGGGGGCGAGGCUCUGAGAACGGAGUCUCGAAAGAUGUCUGGGUUUACGAUACCCUGCACGAGGAGUGGUCCAAGGCUGCCCCCAUGCUGGUGGCCAGGUUCGGCCAUGGCUCUGCCGAACUGAAACACUGCCUGUACGUGGUCGGGGGGCAUACUGCUGCGACCGGCUGCCUCCCGGCCUCCCCCUCAGUCUCCCUAAAGCAAGUAGAGCAUUACGAUCCCACAACCAACAAAUGGACGAUGGUGGCUCCCCUCCGAGAAGGCGUUAGCAAUGCCGCAGUGGUGAGUGCCAAGCUCAAGCUGUUUGCUUUCGGAGGUACCAGCGUCAGUCAUGACAAGCUCCCCAAGGUUCAGUGUUAUGAUCAGUGUGAAAACAGGUGGACGGUGCCAGCCACCUGUCCCCAACCCUGGCGUUACACAGCAGCAGCCGUGCUGGGUAACCAGAUUUUUAUUAUGGGGGGAGAUACAGAGUUCUCCGCCUGCUCUGCUUAUAAAUUCAACAGCGAGACUUACCAGUGGACCAAGGUGGGAGACGUGACGGCAAAGCGCAUGAGCUGCCACGCUGUGGCCUCCGGAAACAAACUCUACGUGGUUGGAGGCUACUUUGGCAUUCAGCGGUGCAAAACUUUGGACUGCUAUGAUCCAACGUUGGAUGUGUGGAACAGCAUCACCACCGUCCCGUACUCGCUGAUCCCCACGGCAUUUGUCAGCACCUGGAAGCAUCUGCCUUCUUAAAUGCAACACAUCCUAAAGAGAGGAGGCGAGCAUGAGCUCACUCCAUCACUCACUGAGACAAAAUGAGAUUUCUACUUUGGAGAGGCCAAAUUUAAUGAAGAGACAGAAAAGUUGCUACAAGGCUCCAAGUCAAUCAGCUGCACCUUGUAAUGCUCCAACUGGACAUGAAGGAAGGGGGUGGGGGAGGGGUGGGAUUCUCCUUGCUAGUGGCACAUGGUUUAAAUAGGAAUGAAUGAACCUGUGAUCUAGUCCUUGUCUUGUACUUGUGGGUUAAUGUCAGCGUUAAUCAGCCCCUCAAAGGGAGAGAAAAGCCGGACCUUUUCCCUUGCUGUACCAUAUUCAGCAUUUGAUUUCCACGGGCUCCACCAUUGAUAUGUAAAAUUUGAAAUGGUUGUCACCUCUCUCUGAGGAGCAAGCUUGAAGCCUCCACACCAGCUGCUGUUGGAGAUUUGAAAGCUCAACCGUGGGGCCAGGAGGGAAGCUGGCGUGGCUGGCUGCAGAGUGGGGACCACUGGACUCUCCGCUAAUCUCUGAGGGGCUGUGCUCCCCCCGAAGGCUUCGGAACAAUGGGGACAUUGUUGGUAAUCCUUUGGUAGAUGUGUGUUUCUAUUUAUAAGUGACUUGCAACUUUCCCUUGGCUCUUAAGAAGUUUGUUAUAGAUUUAGCUAUUUAUUGUUUGAUGCCUGCAUGCUGAAACAAUGCUUACGGUUGUCUUCACGUGUAUGGACAUGUGUGAAUGGUUGUACAUUUUGCACAAUUUUGUGACUGUUGUGAUGUGCUUUGCACAAAAAUGAAAACUUUGGAGUUAUAAUUAGGAAUAUAACUGGAGGGUGGGUUGGGAAGGGGGGGAUUUUGUAAAUGUCAAGACAGGGAAGGAUUACAAGAUGGAAACUUAAGUUACAUCGGAGAGGUAGAGAAAGCCUGGAGGCCACUCUUCUUAGACUCUGCAGUUCUAAUGGGGUUUCUUGGGCUCUGGUCAUGCUGAUGGCUCGUGGGUGAGGGGAGGCUUCUUUCUGCCCUUCUCCUUCUUAUCUGAUCCUCUACUUCAGUCUCAGCUACUGACAUUUAGAAAGGACCAAAUCGCUUUGCAGUUUUUUUGUGUAAUGUCCUGAAAUCCUGGAAAAUUCUAUGUAAUAGUUCUGUAUAUAGGGCACAGGUAGAGGCAUUGUCCAAAGUUUAUUUAUUUAUCUAUUUAUUAUCCUAUGAGAAUUCCUUGCCAUAACCACAGUUAAUGGGAAAAAAACUGAAUUAUCACAGAUGUAAAUUAAUUCACUCACCGGAUUUGCUUGACCUGGAUUCAUUGUUCUCUCUUCUUGCCGUAUAGUUUAGCAAGUGUAGGGGUUCUCCGAGUCAGUCUUCACGUUGGGACAAUGUGUACUUAGUGCUCACCCUUAGGUAAAUCUCUAAAAGAACUCUUUGGUGCGCAAAAGUGACACAUUUGGCCACAGAACACCAAAGAAUUGUAAGCAGUGGCCCCUGUUGAGAGGGUUUCAGGGCUGGGUGGGGUCGGUUGUGAAUACGUUCUUUGCUAGUUCAAGUGCUUGUGCUGUGGUAGGUGUUCGUGCUAGACUCAGCUCGGGCUUCCUCAGGGGCGCCGGGGGAAGGCCAGGGCUUGCAGCUCACGCUGCUUUCAUCCAUGUCGCUCGUAUUACUGUCCUUUUAGAAAAUAGGGUUUAAGACUGGUGACAACCUUUUACAUUGUGAGUGUGUUUGCAUUGUCUGAUGACAGAUAAAUCCUUAACAUUUCUCUCCACCUGGCUACUUCAGACUAAUUGUAUGUGUCCGUCCGUGCCAUGAAUAAGUGGGCUGUAGUUGGACCAAAAUAAAUGAGCUGUUGGAAUAAAAGAAUCACAAUACUUUCCAGCAGUCAGCCCCUGGCCCCUAGAUGUGUUCUAAGCAGUGCACAUGUCUCAUCAUCCGCGGGCGGCAUGGUCGGUGUCGCUAUAUUGUAGCGGUUACAGCUCUGUAGUUUGUGAUGCAAAUCUGCCCGAGAUCUGUGUGUCAUCGCAUGGCUUCUCAAAGCUCCACGAAUUUUCUGCAGCUGUUUCAAAGUUGUGCUCUGUCCUUGAAUCCUCUAUUAAUUACUGUGUGUGAGCCCGAGGGAGCUGUGGUCAGGGUGGGCCCCCAGCCUGCAGGGAACUUUCUGGAAUCCCACUCUUUGAAUUGAUGUAGGCGUUGGGCUCACGACUUGACCGUUCUCACCCUGUGAAAUGUCCCACACUUUGAAGCAAAUACAAUUCACAGCACAGUGCACACAAAAACCUUGGCAUAAGACAGAGAAGGUUCUUCUUAUUCUGUGGACUGGUUGCCGUGGCAACGGAGAACAAAGGGCAGCCUUCCACUUCUGGUAUAAUUGUGCAGCCCCUUUUUCUCUGGGCUUGACACCUGUCUGAAUAGGAAUGAUUAGAGCUGAAUAAUAUCCCUCUCUGGGCUGUUGAAUAUGUGGUUCACGUACGAAACUCUGUGUAAGUUGAAGAAGUAAAGUGUUCGUGUUCAUAUGUCGUUGUUUGCUACUACUACAUUUUUGAGGUUUUGUAAAACUGUUAUUUUUUUUUCACAAUGUGAAGCUGAAGGUCGAAUAAAUUAUUAGAGAUUUUCUCUUCA